UAGUUUUCCUCUCUUAAUUUAUUAAUGCUUUCUGCAAGAAGUCUGCUUCCUUUUCUGGAUUAAAAUCCCUAGGUGGUACCCAAUUAACCUCCCUGCCAUGAUAAUGAUUUCUGUCUACAGGAUGGAGGGAAAAUUUACUCCCUGUCCUUCCUGCAGCCUCUUGUAUGCCCUGAAAAUAAAUUUCAGAAGGUUGUAUAUCCUGUAUCGCAGUUAGGGCAAGGUCACGAAGUCUGGAGAAAAGAAAAGAGGGAACUAUCUAAUUGCAUGAGUGGAAAUGCAUGUAAGCAACAUUAAUCAGAAUGUGAUAAUUAAAAAAAAACAGAUACAUCUUCUGGUGUGAUUCAGAAUGGGGACAAAAUUCUAUUGCAUUAUCUCAGAAAGCACAGUUGCAUGACACUCAGGUCACCUACUCCCAGUGCAGCACUUCUUAUCAAACAGAAGAUUAGGAAUCUCCAAAAAAUGUGAUGCCACGCAAGUUUGGAGAACCCGAUGCCAACGAAGCACUAUUCAACAUUUAGCCAGAGCAGAUAUUGGAAUUCCCUUCUCCUGUACAAAAAGAAGAUUUACAAUGAAGUCCAUCAUCAACUUCUUGUUACUGAUUAGUCUUCAAGUCUGUUGCCAUCAGUUCCCAGAAUACCCUGGUCACGACCAUGUCCACAAAGAUAAAAAUCCACACAAACGUCAGGACCUUCCUUUGGCAGAAGAAGGACAGAAGUACCUAAACUAUCAUAAGAUAGUUUCCAGUAAUGCUGAAUUUGCAUUCAGAUUCUACCAGCAAAUUGCUUCAGAUGUAGCUGCCAAAAAUAUUUUCUUCUCUCCCUUCAGCAUCACCACAGCUUUUGCACUGCUGACAUUAGGUGCCAAAUCAGAAACCAAGGAUCAGAUUCACAAAGCACUUGCUUUUAACCUCUCAGACAUUGAAGAGAGGGAAAUACAUGAAGGAUUCCAACAGCUGAUCCAUGUGCUUAGCCAUCCAAGAAAUAAAGCACAGGUGUACAUAGGCAAUGCCUUGUUCAUUGAAGAAUCCUUGAAAUUCCUGCCUAAAUUUUUGGAAAAUGCCAAAACUUUGUACGAAGCUGAGGGCUUCUCCGUUGAUUUCAGUGUUCCCAGACUGGUUAAAAAGCAGAUCAAUGACUAUGUGAGAAACAAGACUUAUGGGAAAAUAGCUCAUGCUGUUGAAAAUCUUGAGCCAACCACUGUGAUGGUCCUUGUGAACCACAUCUUCAUCAAAGCUUCCUGGAAAAAACCUUUUGACACUCGUUUGAUCAGAAAAGAAGACUUCUUUAUAGAUGCAAACACAACAGUGCAAAUUGAUUUGAUGAGUCGCAUGGGCUACUAUAACGUUUUCCGCGAUGAAGAUCUGUCUUGCUGGGUGGUAGAAAUUCCUUAUGAAGGAGAUGCUACGGCAUUGUUUAUUCUACCAGAUGAAGGAAAACUGGAGCAGGUGGAGGCAGCUUUGGUGACAGAAACCCUGACUAAGUGGAAAACUUCCUUUACGUAUAAAAAUAUAAAACUGUACAUUCCCAAAUUUUCCAUUUCUACGUCUUACAACAUCAAAGACUUGUUUCAAAGAAUGGGAGUGACUGCUGUCUUUAACAACGCUAGUGACUUAUCUGGAAUUACCGGAGAACGCAACCUGAUGGUUUCAAAAGCCUUCCAUAAAAUUUUGCUGAGCGUUCAUGAGAGUGGCACAGAGGCAGCAGCCAUUACCGUUAUAGAAUUUAUGCUGCGUUCUGCUAAACCUGAAGCUUCGCUUUCUGUCAAAUUCAUCAGACCUUUCUUGCUGAUAGGUAUGGAUAAGCCAACGGACAGUGUCUUUUUCCUAGGGAGAAUUAUGAAUCCUGCUGAAGAAUAAAUAUUAGAAUAUGUCAUCCUGUUCAGGUAAUUAUAAAAAUACCUCCCUAAAGCAAAUGGCUAGGUCCCUACUAACAGAAGAGAAUCUGCAACUGCAUUAUAAUUGACUGAAGCCAAUUGUUUGUGAGAAAAGUAAAAUAACAUCUUCAAAGUGUUUUCAUAAUAAAAUUGAUUUUAAGCUCUGUCAUCUUCUAGGUUAACCUUUUAUACUACCAUCUGAAAAUCUGAAGCUCAUUUCCAUUGUUGGGAAAGAGCAAUUCUAACUCCCAUAUCUCAGUACAAUAUUCUUGAGUUAGGAAAUGUUUAGGAAAAAAAGCAAACAUUGGACAAUUCUUCAACGGGCUUUUAAGCAUAUAAAGGUAUGAGUAAUAUGGAAUAUGACAGAAAUGUAUAAAGUUGUAUAUAAUAUGUAAAAUGCAAUAAAUACAUUUUUGGUGUGC